CUCACCCUAGCGGCAGAUAGUGUGAGUAUAAGGGAAUCUUAUCAGUUGCUUGCUGUCCGCGUGACGAGACCGACGAGCUACACGGCCGAGCGAGCCGGCUCUAUAGUUAUUUUAUUAUAAUAAUUAGUCCGACUAAUUAUUUGGUCAAUUAAACAUGUGUUUGAGUGUGGACAACUGCUGCUGCUGCUUCAGCCUGGAGCUUGGAUCUAAGAUCAUCGGCAUCCUAUACACUUUCCUGGCAGUAUGUGCGAUCCUGGUGUACGCUCCACUGGCGGCGAUGGGCGACCUGCCACAGAGCCGCCUCAUCUUCUACGUGACGCUCUCUCUGCUGGCAUUCGUCGAGGUAUUCAUCGGGGGACUGCUGAUACAUGGCUCGUUUAAGAGGAAGCCGCAGCUGAUGUGGCCGUGGUUGGUUCUGGCGUGGUGGAAGGGGCUGGUGCUGGUGGUGCUGACAGUGGCCGGCAUGGUGCUGCUCACCUUCAGUAGGAACAUUGACACCAUCGCCGAGGCCAGCGCUGUUAUAUCCGUCUACUUCGUCUAUUCAGCUCUUCUCCUGUACUUCGCGGUGGUGGUGAACAGCAGGCGGCAGGAGCUAGUGCUGGAAAACUAUUGGGCCAACAAGCGCAUGCUGCAGCACGCCAAGACACAGUACUACUACGUAUAGACGGACACACCGACAGAGACAAUCGAAUCCUAGACCUAAUUUAUUUAUAACUUAUUUUUAAGCAUAUUAAAUUAUUUUUUAUACUUUAUGACUUUCAAUCGUACUGCAGUGGGUUGAAGCAUAUAGGUAAUCACCAUACUUGCUCAAAAAAGGUUAAAAAACUAUUACCACUCUGAAUGCUAAAUAAUUAUGGUGCAACAAUCCUAGGUAACAAUGUAAGAAACGUGAAAUUAUAAACACUCACCUGUUAUCGUUUUAUCCCGAAAAUUUACAUCAACUAGGCGCGAAAACAAACGACGUGAAU